AUCAUCUCCUUGUUCAUUCCUCUGCAUCUAAGAAGCAGAAUUGGGAUUAGAACUUUGCUUUGGGAUGAGAGCUUUGUGUGGUGCAUGGUGUGGUUCGGAGUGGUGGUCCACACCGUAAUUGGUCUUGCUCCUCUCCUGUUCCUGGGCAUACCGACAUAGUGACUUGCGGGCUCUCUCUCUCUCUCUCUCUCUCUCUCUCACCCUGGUUGGCUUUUGUAUGGCUGGCUGGGUGUUGGGGUAGCUCUCUUUCAGUGGGUUUCGAUUUCUUCAAGGUUCUUUGGCGACAGAAACAGAUGGCACUUCAUCAAGUGGGGCGAGUAGAGGAAUUUCCGCACUGCAUCGUGCGGGGAUUGGCGCAUGGUUUUGAUUCGAUUGAUAGCACCAUGUAGAGGGUCACCCGUCGAUUCGUGCAUACGAUGGGGAGACUUGAAGAAUUGUCGAGAUUUUGCGAGUCAGGGGAUGUCUGGCUGGUGAAGAAAGGGACGCCCUUAACAAUGAGCGGAGGGGACGGUGACUCUACGUCGGACAGCGUGGUCGCUGCCCUGUCUGCUUACUCGGCAAGAUAUUACAAGUGGACAGCCAUGUUCGGAUGCGGGUCGGCGUUUUUGAGCGGAGUUCUUGUCAUUCUGUUGAUCGAAGCUCUGGUUGUAAUGUUUGUGGUGAUGCGUUCCGUGGAGAAAAAACAGAGGCUUUCUAUUCCACAUUCGUCCUCAGUUUCUGUCGAAAUUCCAGAGAAUAAGUUAGACAUCAAACUCACGGGUGGUGUGUGGAUCACAGCUUUACCACUUGGGGAUAUCAAGAAGAUGUAUACUAGACGGGAGAAAGCUCUACGAGAGAAGCUUGCAAAGGAAGAAAAGAAUGAUAAUGAGAAGGGCUCUAAAGACUCCAAGUCUAAACGUGAUGUUUUGAGGGAUUAUACUCAGAUAACUCCCGUCUUCAGGAGAGCCAAGCUGCAUGGCACCAUACUGCAUUUGAGUGGUCCAGGAGCUCCAACAGGGGAGCAUGUCCGGCUCGAAGGCUGCGUAGUACUCGCAGUUUCUGGGUCUACAGAACCUACUCGCAAAUGGGCGAAAAAAUUCCCUUUGAAAGUUCACCAUGCAAGCCGGGAAGUAUACAAAGGAUCGCAUGAUUGCUUAUUAUAUCUCGAUACUGGCUGGGAGAAGGAAAAAUGGUGUGAAGCCCUUCGUGCCGCCGCUAAACCGCAGAGCAACGAAGGGGACCCGUUUUUCAAACAGAAGAAAGAGUACAAAGAGUAUUUACUUCGAGUGGAGAAUCAGUUUCCCUUCUUCAGUUUGGCCAACUCUGGCAGACUUGCUUACGUGGUAGACGACCGUAUGAAGGCGCUCAAAGGCGAGCCGAACUCCUCGAGUUUGAAAAAGUCGCGCCAGCUUUGGAAGAAGUUCAUACGUCGCAAUGGGAAAAGUGGACGAGAGAGUAAAUCUUCCGACGGUCGACAAGAUGUCGUCAAAGGUGAUGAAAUGGCAGUCGCAGAGGAGGGCAGCAGCAGAGGUUCCAAUUCUAGUGUGGGCGGGAGUCCCGGCGACGCAGUUCUCGCAGCCAGUUCCACGGAAGACUUUGUACCGGAAGCGUCUCUUGCAAAGGAUGAAAUCUUCAGGACCGUAUCUAUGCCAUCGAAUUUCAUCGAGAGAGAUCCUGCUGUGGAAUCUAUGGAACCCGCCCUCCUAUGCGUCAAUACAUUAUUUGCCCGAUUAUUCUUUGACUUAUAUCACAGCGAAAGAGUUGUUUCUCGAAUACGGUCCAUACUCCAGAGACAACUAUCUAAGGUGCCUACUCCAAAUUACAUAGGAAAAAUCGAAUGUACUCAUUUGGAUUUGGGCAAUUCUCCACCUUUGGCCCGCAAUAUGACCCUUCUUCCUGUUAACGAGGAAGGUUCGUGGGGGUUGGAGGCCGAUCUGGAGUAUCAUGGAGGAGCAAUUCUGACGAUUGAGACUCGUAUAGAUGUACGAGACUCUAAUUCUCGCGAGAAGGUUGUGGCUCAAGGACUCGAACCGACACUAGCUGGAGCAGCUGCUGCAGACCUUUUGGCGAAAGGGCUAGAGACUUAUUCAGAGGAGUUAAACCUUAAUGUCCAAGAAGGAAAUCCCUCAGCUGAUCAAAGAAAUUCAGGUGGCACAUCCAGUAGCAGCAGGCCAGAUGUCAGAAGCUCAGAGGAAGCUAGUCGUAAGGGCUGGAUGCACUCGCAAUUAACCAAUGUUAAAUCUAUCAUGUCAAAGGUUGCAGAGCAGGUUUCUCAGGUGCCUUUGGCAUUGACUAUAAAAGUAGUGCAGGUGAGGGGUAAAUUACAAAUGCGCAUAAAGCCACCACCGUCGGAUCGCGUGUGGUUCAGUUUCACUCAGAUGCCCACGUUGGAGCUGGUACCAGAGCCAUGUAUUGGAGACCACAAAAUCAGUAGCGGUCCUCUCGGUCAAUUUAUUGUCAAUCAAAUCAAGAUUCUUCUUCGAGACACUAUGGUUUUUCCACAGUUUGAGGAUUUAUCCUACUCAUGGAUGAUGUCCGUUAAAGAUAAUUGGCUUCCCAGAGACGCCGUCCCAUUGCCAUUCGUCAGUGAGCAAGCAUCAGAUCAAAAUAAUGAUAAGGAACGCCGGGACGAAAAAAGAAGCCAGUUGAGAAAAGAAGGUAGUGUAGACACCACUCGCAUAGACACGUCGGGUGCGGGGGUGGGUCCAUCUAAAAGCCUUCCAGGUAUAAGUUCUCAGUAUGAGCAGGAUAUCUCACCUUCUCCUCCUUUAUCACCCCUUAAAAGAUCUGUUGGGUCUCUGUCACUACCUGAGAUGCAUGUAGACACGACGCUUGAGUACGACCUGAGAAGGCCACUGCUAGAGAAGGAGGGACUGCUACUGGAAGCAUCCACUAGAGUGUCAGAGAUAGCUUGCCUUCCCCCCGAAAAAAAUCAGCAUGUCAGUGUUUGGCAAGCACAACAAGCAUCGUCAUCUGACAGUGAGUCCGGGCACGUAAACCAAGGAGUUGUGGAUCAGUUGGAAAGGCAGGCUUCAAGCAGAGUACCUGGUUCUAAACGUUCCAAGGUACUUGGUUUUGGAAAAAAAAUGGGUACUAAACUGGAGGAGAAAAGCCGGAAUGUCCUAGAAAAGAUACGGGAUCGGUCUCAGAUGGGUCCAGAGCAUUCGCACGAAUAAUGUGAG